AUGACGAUCCUCGUGGGCAGGGCGUUGAGCUACGCCAUUACGGCCACCGCUGGUAGUGGCUUCUUGCUAUUUGGUUAUGAUCAGGGUGUUAUGUCCAGUCUGCUGACUGGAGACGCCUUUGUUGCCACAUUUCCUGAGAUCGAUACCACCGCAGGUGGGCACGGCAGCUCUUCUUUACAGGGCACAGUUGUUGCCAUAUAUGAAAUUGGAUGUUUUUUGGGCGCAAUCGUCUCCUUGAUCUUUGGUGAACGGCUCGGUCGUCGAAAUUGUAUCAUGGCUGGAUGCGUUGUUCUCAGCAUUGGUGCCGCACUUCAAUGCAGUGCCUAUAGCAUUCCUCAUCUCAUUGUCGGUCGAAUCAUUGCGGGUGUGGGAAACGGUCUCAACACCAGUACCAUUCCGGUCUGGCAUUCGGAGCUGAGCAAGGCAGCAAGCCGUGGAAAGGGGCUGGCCAUCGAGCUGGCCAUCAACAUCUUUGGAGUCAUGCUUUCUUAUUGGGUUGACUACGGAAUGAGUUAUGUCAAGAACGAAGCACAAUUCCGCUUCCCUAUCGCGUUGCAAAUUCUCUUUGCCAUCGUCACGUUUUUCGGCGUGCUGUGUCUUCCCGAGUCUCCCCGUUGGCUUAUACAACACGGCCACGAAAGCAAAGCCCGCCACAUUAUAUGGGCGCUUCAGCAUAAUGCUCGCGAAAUUGAUGAGGACGACCCUGUGGUGAGCGUGGAUGUUACUGAGAUUACUCGCGCAGUUGAGGAAGAACAGGAAGCCUCGUCAGGGGGGUCUUACAAACUCAUGUUCCAAAACAACAAGCAGCGGUUCCUGUACCGCACCCUUCUCGGCAUGGGUGGUCAAGCUAUGCAGCAGCUAUCUGGAAUCAACCUCAUUACUUACUAUGCGACUGUCAUCUUCGAACAGUCGGUUGGAAUGUCACACCACACAGCCUUGCUAUUAGCAGGUUUUAAUGGAAUUGCAUACUUCUUCUCUUCCAUGGUUCCUAUCUGGACAAUUGAACGAUUGGGUCGUCGUAAACUCAUGAUGUUUGCGGUCAUCGGACAAGGCUGCUGCAUGGCUAUCUUAGCAGGAACUGUUUGGGAUGGUAGCCAUGCAUCUGGCUUAGUUGCCACGGUCAUGCUAUUUCUGUUCAAUUUCUUCUUCGGAACUGGUCUUCUUGCUAUUCCUUGGCUGUUGCCUGCAGAGUAUUCUCCUCUCGCGAUUCGAACUCGGUCAGCUGCUAUGGCGACAGCAACAAAUUGGAUCUGCACAUUCCUCGUCGUCGAGAUCACGCCGGUCAGUAUCUCAAAUAUUGGAUACAAGACCUAUAUCUACUUUGCCAUCUUCAACUUUUGCUUCCUCCCCCUCAUCUACUUUUUCUACCCAGAAACACGAAACCUCACCCUGGAACAAAUUGACCUGCUAUUUACCAGUGACAAAGUUCAUUUGCAUUGGGAUUCAUCCAUGGGAAUUGCAGGUGACGUGGACACACGGGUUGGGAAUGCCACUGCAAAAGACCUGGAGGGCUCAAACGCUCAACAUGUUGAGUGA